GCACACCAAGGAUUCCAAUGCUCUCCGGUUUACCGCGUUGCUCUUCGUUAAACCUUAAAUAUAAGCUGGUUAAAAAAAUGUGUUGUAACUAUAUGACUAAACAAGUUCUAUGUGCUGGGUUUAGGGUUCGUGGCUGAUUAAUUAGAUUGAAUUUAUUCUCGUUUGUCUGUUAUAGCAAAUUGAAACGAUUAAGCUAAUAUUUAACCAGAACUUUCCGGACAUUAUAAUUUAAAAAAUUCAAUUUCACCAAAUGAUUUAUGUACGUAUUUUUGUUGGGAUCUAUUCUUCAACAGAAGGUUAUGCUUUCUGCUAUCGUGCAUAAAUGGAGUUCGGAUCGACCCAUUCGGAGGUUCGGCUGAAGGUGGCCCAGUGUUUCAGGACGCUUUCCACCUCCACGGAUAAUAAAGAUGUUACUGAAGCGUUGAAAACGCUGAACUCCUUUCUAGAUGAUGGAGCCGAAAGCGGCACCACCUCAGCCGAGCGGGAGGAGUUCCGGAGGGCCCAUUACAGCCGAACCCUCCGGGUUCUGGUGGGCCACCUCCAGGCUGACUGGAUGCACGCUCUCUCCCCCACGCAGCGCUCACAGCUGUGGGACCCUCUGUUCCUUAGAGGCCCCCCAGACCAGACGCUGCUGGUGCUGAUGGAGGCGGUGACUCAGCUCAGCUCCAGUAGCGGUUUGGAGCGCCUCGUCAGCAUCACUGAGCGGUUCCUGCAGAGCGGUCGCCUGGCCGACCUGUUGUGGUCCUUCUGUCUUCAUUCAGCACCCUCAGCCUCACCUCAGCUCAGGGAAACCCUGCUAGCUCGUUUAACGGCGCUGCCAGAUAUCACCGCCAACAAGUUACACCCCAACAACAGACCCAUAUUCGCUCCUCAGCGGUACUACCCGCUCCUGGCCUCAGAGAUGCUCGCUGCUCUGGAGAGAACCUGCCAGGCCCUCAGAGGUGGCACAGACUGCUCUUUAACAUUUGUAGCUCAGACACUUGGGAAAGUUUGUAUCCAAGGGCACAGUGGCCCUGUCCUAGCAGCGAUGUUCCCUCGGCUGGCUCUCUGCACGCGCUCAGACAUGGUGUGGCAGAGGGUGUGCUGGAAGCUGCUGGAGAACGUUCCCGAGCGAUGGAUGGAGAGCGUGCUCACUGGGCUGAUUCAGGCUGCCAAAAGCCCUGAUGCCUUCAGUCGUGUCGUUGGAAAUCUAGUGCUAACAAAUAAAAAGGCUCAUUUUGUGCUGACUCAUAAAGUGCUGUUACUGCAGUAUAAGUAUGAGACUCAGGUCCUGAAAACGGUUCUUGGUUACCUCGCCUCAGACAGGGAGCGACGGCCGCUGCUCAUCCAGGUUUUACAGUCUGUGUCGCAGGCCUGGGCAAACCCCAGUGCAGUAAAACACACACCUCUAGAGCAGCAGCUCUACGUCAGUAAGGCCCUCCUGCUGACCGCGAGUCUGCUGAAGGACUCCGAGCUGCAAGAGCUGCGUUCAGAUUUGCUCCAGUGCAUGCUUGGUGGCAUGCAGAGCCAUUUGGACAGCAGCGUGGUGCGCAUCAGAACCAUGGGCAUGGUGGUGGGGGAGUGCCUGAGCUCUCGGAUGGAUAUCAACGGCACCAAGCUCAAAUUCGAGUAUGAGCAGGAUGAAGAAACCCGUGAGCUGCUGUCUCUCAUGACCCCCAGCAGUGAGCCGGAGUCUGAUCCAGAGCCUGCAGAUGGAGCCCCCCAUGCUGAGGAGAUCAGAGAACCAUCCGAUCCUACUGCGGCGUCAGGAAGCACACCAGCAUCACCGCGAUCAAAGACUGAUCCAGACUCAGAUCUUGAUAGCGAUGAUGACCUGACUCCAUAUGACAUGUCUGGAGACCAGGCGAUGAGUCAGGCGUCUCCACCUCGUUACCUGCGGGACUGUCUGGAAACUCUGAUAUCUUCUGAGGACUCGGAGCGAGUGGAGCUCAGUUUGAGAGCUGCAGCUGGUUUGGUGCGGAGGAACAUCUUUGCAGCGAAGGAGAUCAGCGUCCAGAUGACCAAAGUGCUUUUGCACAUGGAGGAUAAAUACAGCAUUAAUGGCUUCCUGGCUCUACGGCAGGCAGCAAUGGUGGCUCUCACUGUCAUCGACGCCAUUCCUGUGACUCAGUACCUGACUACAGAGUUUUACUCCUUAAACUACAGCCUCCGGCAGCGAAUGGACAUCUUAGAGGUGUUGGCCUUGGCAGCUCAGGAGCUCUCUAAGCCGGUUGCUGAUAAAGUAACCGGUGCUGCUACUACCUCAGAGCUGACAUCGUACCGUUCCAGCGAUCCCGCCGACUGGAGACAGGUGGUGGAAAAGAGGAUCCAAAGCAAGACGAAACGCAUCUCUAAGGGUUCCGCCCAGCCUGUAUCUAAAGCUGCUCCAAACCGUUAUGCUCCUGUUGCUGGAUACUUCUUUUUUCCUCUGCUGAAAAAUUACGACAGGCCGGAGGUGACCUUUGACCUGUUGGGCAGUGACCAGCUGGUUCUUGGCCGCUUGAUUCACACUCUGGGCCUCUUCAUGCACCUGGCUCUCAAUGCACCGAUUGCUGCACAGAUGGGCGCUGCAUUGCUGGACUUUGUGUGGGCAGUUCGGUACCAUGUUGACCAGAUGGUGAGGCGAGGAGUCCUCUUCGCCGUCUGCUCCGUGUUCCUGAGCAUGCCCAGUCAAAGUCUGCUGGUGGACCUCGGCGAACAGCUGUUUGAAACCAGGACUUGGCUGGCAGAUGUGGCGGAAGGAGACCCGGACGCAGACUGCCGCAAUUUAGCCCUGCAGAGCCUGGUUCUGCUUGACAAGAGCCUCAAGAAACAGCUACAGGAUCCAAAGGCCCUGAGCCUAGAAUCCUGAUAUACUAAAUGUGAACAUUUUAAUGUAUAAGGAAAUGAAAUGCGUUCCAGCCAAUUAGAUGUGGCGGAGAUGAUGUUCCCUGGUAUAAAUGAACGGAUCUGUCGGAAAUCAGUCCGGAUCAUUGAAGAAGGAUGUCCUUUGAACUCCAGAUUGACUCACAGGUGCUUUGCUUUUUUUAUUACACAUCCUGCUGCAUACAGGAAAAAGAAGUGAACACUGGUGAACAAUGUUUUGCACAAUUAUGAUGAAAUUGGAGCUUUGCAGAAGGCAUUCCUUGUGUCUGUUCCAAAACAUUGUGUAAGAUUUUCAUAUUUUGCUUUCCGUUUUUUUUAGCUCAAAAUAUCAGCGUUUAACGAGAACUUCCUUUGAUCAUCAUCUUUCCUGUGCAAACAACUAUUUUUUCCCCCUCUUUGUUUCCAAAGGACAUCCUGUGAAUGUUCCAGUGUAUCUAUGCAUUUUGAAAUAACGGAAGCUCAACUGUUACCAGUUCCGGCGGUGACUGGUGCUGACGUUUUCCAAAAAUAAAAUUUUUU